AUGAGGCAUUUCACUUACCUGAGUUCCUUUCUGAUCAGCUUUCUGGUUUCCAGCUUCUUACCAGGAGGUCAGGCUGACAUCUGUGCCAGGGAAUGGCUACAAUACCAGGGCAACUGCUAUGGAUACUUUGACACUAAGAUGACCUGGCCAGAGGCUGAGAUUGAGUGCCAAAGUUACCGGCGUGGAGCCCACCUUGCCUCUCUUCUCAGCCAUGCUGAGAUCCUGGUGGUGGCCAACCAUAUCUCUGCUUACCAGACUGAAGUCAGUGAUGUCUGGAUUGGACUGCAUGAUAUUCGACAUAAUGGGAGGUGGAGAUGGUCAGAUGAAUCCACCUACAACUACAAAGCGUGGAUGAUGGGUGCACUGAACAACCUGGAGACAAAUGAGUACUGUGUUGAGCUGAAGCAUUCUGUAGCAGGGACCCCUGCCCCUGUCCUUGGCAUACUGGAACAAAGAGAAAUAAGAGACCGCCACCUCAAUUUACUACGUCGAAAUUGCCUUUCAGAAGAAAGACUCCGCAAUGAGCCAACAGACUUCACACAAUGGAGUGAUGCCAAGUGCCACAAACUCAAUGCUUACAUCUGCAAGCAUGAACUGUAG